ACGAAAGUCAAAUGAAAAAUGUGCCUUUUUCAGCAGUGCAUACGUUUAUAGUAGCACGCACACCCAGCAUGUCACAUAAAAUUGCGAAAAUGAGUGGAGUGACAGACCGGCAAGUGGAGUUGCGAUCAGUAAUUAAACACGCGAUCGCAGUUCGGCCGAAAUUAUCAGCCACCAAAAAAGUAUGGAUUUAAAAAAUAAAAAUGUUAUUUAUGUGGGUGGAUUUGGUGGCAUCGGUUUCUGUUGUUGCAAAAGCCUCUUAGAACAAGGGGUGGCCAAUAUUGCGAUUAUGGAUGUGGUGGAGGAUGCUGAAAUGCUUGAGACAUUACAAGCUAUCAAUAAAGCUGCUAAUGUAUUCUACAUUAAAAUGGAYUUAACAGAUGUGGAGAAUAUAGAGGGUGCCUUCACAGAAGCACAUGACACUAUGGGUCGCUUCGAUAUUGUGGUGAAUGGUAGUGGCAUAAUGAAUGAGCAUGAAAUCGAACGAACAAUACAAAUCAAUUUGUUAGGUGUCAUUUACAGCACUUUUGCGGCUUUGCGUCUAAUGGACAAAUCGAAAGGUGGGAAUGGCGGUCUAAUUGUAAACAUUUCCUCCGUCGUCAGUUUGGAUGCUUAUGGUGCAUAUGCUGUGUAUACCGCUUCCAAAUAUGGUGUUAAUGGAUUCACAAGAGCACUUUCUGAUCCAUAUUAUUACAGUCAAACAAAAGUCGGUUUCAUCACGAUCUGCCCGAGCACAACGGAGACACAAAUGGUUUCAUCGCUACGCAUGGAUGCCUUGACCACAUUCGAUCGUAUGCCACCACUGCCCAAGRCGUUGUGUAACAAUCAAAGCCCGGAAAAUUGUGCCUAUAAUUUAGUAACAGCCAUUAAGACUGCCAAAAAUGGUUCGGUGUGGAUUUUAAGUGCCGGCAUUCUAAGGGAAUAUCACUAUCCCGAUAUCUAAAUGAAAAAGAAAAGUUUUGAAAGCAAAAACAGCCAUUGAAAGGAAAAUAACAUAAUAAAUUUGAAAAGGUGAAAAAGGUUUGAAARGUAAAAACUGUGUCAAAUAUGUUCUGUUAAUUUGUUUUCUACGGCUACUGACAUAAAAUUACUUCAAAAUAUAAUUUAAUAUCGCCUGCUAAAAAAUAAGUUUGGUAAAUAAUGCCUUUUAAAAAUAUGUUUAUAUAAAAGUAUUAAUUUUUAAUAAUAAUUUAAGGCCAAAGGAAUCUAUUUAAAUUAAUUUUUGCUCUUAAAAACUUUGUGUUAUUGCCGGUGAAAAGUUCAGUAUCCAAUUAAAUAUAUUCUUUAUCUAAUAGUUUACUGAAAACUUCACUAUAACUUAUGCUCUAUGCCACCAUAUGCUGUAACUGCCAGCAAAGUUUUUUAAUUGCAGUCGAUCUCAUGGAAAACGGUUUUUGAAAUUUCAUUACACUUAUGUAUGUAAAUUAAUUAAACUCGAAUAGAAGCCAUGCAACUAGACAUUAAAAUUUAUUCUUAUAUAACUCUAGUGAUAGUCAAUAAAAUAUAUAAGAUAAUGUGAACAAACGAAAAUAUUUGUAUUCCUAACCUUACAAUUAACCUUAAUUAGACAUCGAAAAUUCUAUUCAAUAUCGGAAAGCGCAUACAAUUUAAUAUACUGCUGUGUUUAGAAUACUUGUUAAGUAAAUUUAAGUCUAGGACAAAAUAAAAUCUCUAAAUAUAUACAUA